CUCCCACAACAAAGACUAUAUAUACUUGUAGACUGUGAAGAAAAUUCACGUACUCACUGUAGUGUUAUAAUUAUUUGAGCUGGUAGUGGAUACAUACACAUAGACAUCCAACAUGUCCUCAUUUCGUUCUAGUUCAUCUUAUCAAAGUGCUUCUAAUUACGGGCUAAGUUCUGGUCGUGGUUUAGGAACCAGCAUUGGUGGUGGCUAUGGAGGCAGUGUUGGUGGUGGCUAUGGAGGCAGAAUUGGUGGUGGCUAUGGAGGCAGCGUUGGUGGUGGCUAUGGAGGCAGAAUUGGUGGUGGCUAUGGAGGCAGAAUUGGUGGUGGCUAUGGAGGCAGCGUUGGUGGUAGCUAUGGAGGCAGAAUUGGUGGUGGCUAUGGAGGCAGCGUUGGUGGUGGCUAUGGAGGCAGCAUUGGUGGUGGCUAUGGAGGCAGCAUUGGUGGUGGCUAUGGAGGCAGCAUUGGUGGUGGCUAUAGAGGAGGCUUUGGUGGUGGAGCCAGCAGCUCUAGCAGUGGUUUUGGGGGGGCAGCAGUUAGCAGCAGGUUUGGUGGUUUUCCUGGAAGCGACAAACAAACCAUGCAGAACCUUAAUGGUCGUCUGGCAUCUUAUGUGGAUAAAGUGAGAGCCUUGGAGGCAACUAAAGGUGACCUGGAACUGAAGAUCCGAGAGUGGCACGAGAAGCAGCUUGCUGCUGGAGCUUCAGGAAGUGGCAAAGAUUACAGCAAGUACUUUGAAAUCAUCCAAGAUCUUAGGAAAAAGAUUUUUGACGCCACUGUUGAUAACACCCAGGUGGUUUUGCAAAUCGACAAUGCCAAGUUGGCUGCAGAUGACUUCAGACUGAAGUAUGAGAGUGAGCUGUCUCUCCGACAGACUGUGGAGAGUGACAUCAAUGGAUUACGCAGAGUCCUAGAUGAGUUGGAAAUGUUCAGAGGCGACCUGGAGUCACAGAUUGAGAGCUUGUCUGAAGAGCUGGCUGACCUCAAGAAGAACCACGAAGAGGAAAUGGGAUUUGCAAAGGGCAGUGCCACCGGCCAAGUGAAUGUAGAAAUGGACGCUUCUCCAGUUGUGGAUCUGACCAAGCUUCUGAAUGAUAUGAGGGCAGACUAUGAAGCCUUGGCUGAAAAGAACCUCAGAGACGCAGAAGCAUGGUUCAACCAAAAGAGUAAUGAACUGGAGAAGGAGAUUUCAGCUGGUGUGGAACAGGUGCAGACGAGCAGGAGAGAAAUCUUGGACCUAAAACAUACUCUUCAGGCCUUGGAAAUCGAGCUGCAGUUUCAGAUGGCAAUGAAAAAAUCCCUUGAAGACACUCUUGGCAAGACAGAAGGCAGAUAUGGAGCUCAGAUUCAACAGCUCCAAAUCACCAUAAGCAGCCUAGAAGAACAAUUAAUCCAGCUCAGGUCUGACAUGGAAAGACAGAAACUGGAGUAUCAGCGGCUCCUAGACAUCAAGAGCCGGCUGGAGAUGGAAAUUGAGACAUACCGACGUCUGCUGGAGGGAGAGCUUGGACAAUCCUCUUUUGCAGGAAAUUGAAGAAAAAGUCAACUAAGAAGAACGUGUCCAACGAUAUGGGACAAGUGCUCUCCAAGAGCAACAUAUC